AUUUUUAGUAGCAGCGGAGCAUUAUGGGAAAAUAUUGGCGCCAAAUGAAAACAAAAACAAACUUUUCCGCAAGACAUUAAUUUUAUCGUUUUAAAGAUGAAAGUGGUAACACCCGAGAUAUCAUGGCAUGGAAAGGAGCCUAUCUACAGCAUCGACUUCCAGCCAGGGGACCGAGCCAUCAAACGCCUUGCCAGUGCCUCUGUGGACAAGCUCAUCAGGAUAUGGCAAGUGAAGGUGGACAAGGAAGGCAAGGUAGAAACCGAGUUUCUCUCCAACCUCAGACGACACACACGCUCAGUUAAUGUCUGCAGAUUUUCUCCCGAUGGAGAUACCCUGGCAUCAGCUGGAGAUGAUAAUGUGAUAUUGUUCUGGCGUCUCAGUGAUACUCCCACGCCUGCUAACAACAUCUUUCAGGAGGAGGACGAAGAUAACAAAGAGACAUGGGUUGCCUCGACAACACUUAGAGGUCAUCUGGAGGACGUGUAUGACUUAUGUUGGUCAGCUGAUGGACGGUAUCUCAUCUCAGGGUCGGUGGACAACAGCGCUAUACUCUGGGACACCAGUAAAGACAGCAAACUAGCUUUGUUCAAUGACCACAAAAGUUUUGUACAGGGUGUGGCACUUGACCCUCAGAAUGAAUUUGCUGCCACACUUAGCUCUGACCGGUCGUUGCGAGUGUUCAGCAUGACAGGCAAGACCUGUGUCAAUAACGUCUCCAAGAUGAUCAUCCCAUCCACGACUCCCGACCCGGAAGUGAAACAGAAGCCUUUCAGGAUGUACCACGACGACACCAUGGGUUCCUUCUUCCGGCGUCUCGCAUUCUCUCCGGACGGCCAGUUUCUCAUCACCCCUGCUGGGUGUGUUGAGCAAGGAGACAAAGUCACAAACGCCACAUUCAUCUUCACCAGGAACUGUCUUUCAAAGCCUGCCAUGUACUUGCAAAGCCCACAGAAGCCCACCAUUGCAGUCAGGCCAUGCCCUCAACUCUUUGAACUGAGGAAAGUUGACAAUAAAAAUAUAAAGGACCAAGAAAACAACAACCUAAAAGAAUGGGAGAAAUAUUCAACGUUAUUUUGUUUACCAUACCGAGUUGUGUUCGCUGUUGUGUCUGAAGAUGCGGUGUUGUUGUACGACACCCAGCAGACGACCCCCAUCGCCUACAUCAGCAACACUCACUACCUCCAGAUGACAGACAUAACAUGGUCCAGCAACGGUCAGAUACUGGUGGCAUCCUCGUCUGAUGGCUUCUGCACAUUGGUGACAUUUGAGGAGGGAGAGCUUGGCGUCCCCUACGUACCCGAGGAGAAACAGGCAGAUGCGAAGGACUCCGAAUCUUCAUCAGAUGCUCCAAGCAUCGACCUAAAGUCAGAAUCUCAUGUGCGGAGCGGGACAGCAGUGAAGAUGGCCCCACCCUCCACCAGCCCAAUUAAAUUGAAAUCUUCACCAGACGAAGCUGCCAUGGAAGUAGACACUGGAAGCGAGGACCUUAUUCUCAUUCUGGACGAGACGACAAACGAUGCGUCUGGCUCAGACAAGUCUCACUGCAGUGAUACAAGCAAAAGUGGUGAGGCUCAGAAAAAGCCGAGACCGAUACUAGCAACAAGAAGACUAAAGACGAAGCUCCCUCCACAAGUAGCAAUAUAUCCGUAAAACCAAUGAGCACUGAAAUGAAGUGUCCUGAAAAUGGGUCUGGACUUUCUGUGAAACCCGUCUCUGGCUCAAGUACGACGGCUGGGAGUAAGCCGAAGCGUAUUCAGUUCCAAACAAUAUCACUUCUCAAGCCUAAGUGAGAUUAUCUUAUGAAAAUGAGCAACCGCUAAAAGAAACAUGAUGUAUUGAAGGAGAGAUUGAUUAGCCAAUCUGCAGUGCAUAUUUUCAGCAUGUUUUUUCUGCUUAAGAGAGACUUCACGCAGUUAGAUCAAUCAGUUUAUGUCUGCAACUGAAAAAACCUCAGAAACUUUCUUGUUAAAUGCCAGAUUCCUAUUUUGGCAGACAGACAUAUUUGUAAGCGCUGCGCAGCAAAAGUGCUUUAUGAUCUUGGAGGAUUUUAUACACAUUGUCAUUUUGAAAUGGAUUUUUAUGAUAAAAUUCAAUUUUCCAA